AUGAGCAUUACGGGGACAAAACAUCGAAAACGAAAUGCUGAAGCGGCAGAGAUUGAGAUUGAUAUCGACGCACCAGAGCCUUCUUCGAAAAAGGCUUUGCGCAAGUCGAAGCGUGCCAAACUGACAACGGAAAAUGAUUCAAUCCACGGCAAGAGAUCUCCGUAUGGAAUUUGGAUCGGCAACUUAUCAUUCAGCACCACCAAGGACGAUCUCGUCAAAUUUUUGACGGGUGAUUCAGAGAAUAUUAUUGAGAAAGAUCACAUUACGAGAGUUCAUCUACCUCAAGGUCCGCCAAAGUUUGGCAAAGCAACCAAUAAGGGUUUUGCUUACAUCGACUUCCUGGACGAAGACUCCCUUCAUCGUGCAUUACAAUUCAGCGAAGCCCUACUCGGUGGCCGCCGGGUGCUAAUCAAGAAUGCCAAAGAUUUUGAAGGAAGACCACAGCCGAAGAAAGGCACGGAUGACGCACCGACAAACCCUCCAAGCAAGCGGAUAUUCGUUGGCAACCUCGAUUUCAACACCACCGUGGAGGAUCUUGAAACGCAUUUUGGCGCCUGUGGGUCGAUUUCGCACACUCAUAUGGCCACCUUUGAAGACACCGGGAAGUGCAAAGGGUAUGCUUGGAUAGAUUUUGAACAGGCGGCUUCGGCAGAGGCUGCAAUGCGAGGGUGGCGAGAACCACCCAUUCCGGCUGAGAAGUGGUCGAAACAGGGGAUCUGGUUACACAAGCUCAACGGCAGAAAAUUGAGGAUGGAGUAUGCUGAAGACAAGGCCACCCGAUACCAAAAACGAUUUGGAAAGAAUGCAAAAUCUGUGGAGUCUGGCGACGGAGGAGAAGGCGCUGCUCAUGAACCCAUGAUGGAAGUGAAAGACGAACCAAAGCCGGUCGCUGUCAGGCGGAAGAACGCACGGAAGCAUGGUGGAAAAUACACGGAGGAGACGGUCCAAAGGUUGACCGGGGCGAUUGUCGAGAGCAAAGGUCAACGGACCGUGUUUGAAUAG